AUGGGAAAUCCAAAGCAGAAGUGGACAUCAGAGGAAGAAGAAGCGUUAAGAGCAGGAGUAGCCAAACACGGUACUGGAAAAUGGAAAAACAUACAGAGGGACCCUGAGUUCAAUCCUUACCUUUUCUCUCGCUCUAAUAUCGAUCUCAAGGAUAAAUGGAGGAAUAUGACUGUUAGUGCUGGUAGCCAAAGCGUUAAGGACAAGUCACGGACGCCAAAAGUGAAACCCCAUCCUGAUGCUGCUGCCGCUGCUUCCACUCCACUGUCCAAUCCUCAAACUUCUAUUGUUGUUGCUCCUGCGGCCGAUGUCAUUGUCGAUGAUUCUUUAGAAGCCGCAGCAGAUUCGAAAACUGCUCCUAAGUACAAUUCCAUGAUUUUUGAAGCAAUUUCAGCCUUGAAUGAGCCAAGUGGAGCAGACACUAGUGCAAUCAUUAGCUACAUUGAGCAAAGGCAAGAGUUACCACAAAAUUUUAGGAGGCAAUUAAGUUCAAGGUUGAGGAGGCUGGUAGCACAGGAAAAACUUGAAAAGAUCCAAAAUUGCUACAAGAUAAAGAAAGUUUCUUCAUUUGGGACAAAAACACCAACUCCUAAGAAAGAGGUGCGUCCUAAGACUGCACUGAACAUUGGUCAUAUAAAUUCUGGUGAUACUGUUGAAGAAGCAGCAAGUGAGGCUGCAUAUAGGGUUGCAGAAGCAGAAAACAAGUCAUUUGUUGCAACUGAGGCAGUUAAGGAGUCAGAGAGGGUUUCAAAGAUGGCUGAAGACGCAGAUUCACUACUGCAGUUGGCCAACGAGAUACUUGAGAAAUGUAAAUUCAUCCUUGCUGCUUCUGUCACUGCUCACGAGUAUUUCAUCACCCUGACAUGGGGUUGGAGCUUAGGAGUUAGGAACAUUGAUGAUGCUCGUCAGUUGCCAGUCGCCAAGUCUGAGGAAGCCAUUAGAGAUGGUAUUGCUGGCCAUCAUCCUAAAGUGCAUUACCACUCAGAAUCUCAUUUUAUACCACCUUCCAUUUAUCAAAAACAUCGAAGUAGACUGCCUCCCAGUCCCAGGCCAUAG